AUGAAGCAGAUCUGUCUAGUCUGGUGGUGGUGGUGGGACGAUCUAGAUGGUUCUGGCAGUGAUGGACGGUUCGCUUCUCCGGGCAUGGCGGGUCCGCCAGGAAUUGGCGGAAUGGGGGGAGGUGGAGCUGGUGGUUCAGACUUUUUUGAACCUGUGACAAUUCGUACAGAAUUCCCUGAAACAUGGAUCUUCAUUGCAACUAGUACAAAGUAGGU